AUGAGCGCCGCGGAGGCGCGCGGCGGCGUGGUGGUCGCGUUUCAGGGCGAGCGCGGGGCCUACUCGGAGGCGGCGGCGCUGCAGCUCUUCACGGGCGCGCUCGGCGAGGGCGCGCAAUGCCUGCAGUACCGCGGCCUUCCGAGUUUCCCCGAGGUCUUCGCCGCCGUGCACAAGGGCAGCGCCAUGUACGGCGUGGUGCCCGUGGAAAACACCCUUGGCGGCUCGAUCCACGCCAACUACGACCUGCUGCUCAAGUAUAACGACCUGCACGUCGUCGCGGAGCUGGACUUCCACGUGCGGCACUGCCUGAUAGGCACCCCUCGGGUGAUGUCGCACUGGCAGGCGCUCGCACAGUGCGACAGCUACCUGCAGGCGUGGGGCGUCCAGAAGAAGGUUGCGUACGACACUGCAGGGAGCGUCAAGAUGAUCAAGGAGGAGGGCCUCAGACACGCGGCCGGCAUCGCGAGCGCACUCGCUGCAGAGGUGUACGGCAUGGAAAUCAUUGCCAGAAACAUCCAGGACGUCGAGUUCAACCAUACGCGAUUUCUGAUGAUCAGCCGGGAGCCCUGCGCCAUUCGACAAGUGUCUGUGCUGCAGAGCGUCAAGACCACAGUUGUGUUCUGGCUGCCACACACUCCAGGCGCUCUGUUCAAGGCGGUGGCCGCCUUCGCAAUGCGGGACAUCGAGGUCGUCAGGACCGAAUCGAGGCCGGUGCAGCCAAAGCUCUUCAAGGAGUUCGAGGAACAUAUCAGGGACAAGGAGAUGCAGAACGCGCUCGAGAACCUGCGGGAGAUCACUCCCUACGUGCGGGUGAUCGGGCCCUACCCCACCGGAGGCACGAUCACAACGGACGUGGUGCUGAGGACCAAAGCGGUCAUGCCCGAUCCCGCCUCGCUUCGCGCCAAGGCCAAGACCGCCGGCAUGCGCAUCGGAGUUCUCGGGCUUGGCAGGUUUGGCCGGUUCUUGGCGAAGAGGCUGAGCAAGAACAACGAGGUGUUCGUGACGAGCGUCGAGGCCGAGGCGUCGGCCGAGGCGGAUGAGCUCAGCUGCCGGUGGCUUCCCUGGGACACCGCGGUGCGAGAGAUGCUCCUCUCUCACGCCGUGGAAGUGCUUGUGAUAGCAACGUCGAUCGGAUCCUUUGCCGAGGUGGUCGGAGGUCUUCCACUGGACGCCAUCAGGAAGGCCAAGCCUCUCGUAGUGGACGUCUUGUCAGUCAAGAGCUACCCGAAGCGGGUCAUGCUCGGAUGCUUGGCCAAGGAGGGCUGCGACCUCCUGUGCACGCACCCGAUGUUCGGCCCGAACAGCGGCAGUGGUGCGUGGCACGGGCUACCUUUUGUCUUCGAGAUCAUCAGCGCCCAGCACGACUAUGGGAGGGUGAAGAAAUUCCUCUCGAUCUUCGAGGGCGAGGGAUGCCGCAUGGUGGCGAUUCCAUGCGAAGAGCACGACAAGCAGACAGCCCCCUCGCAGUUCAUCACGCAUCUCACAGGCCGCGUGCUCAGCGCGACCGGCUGUAAGCCCUCGCUGAUCGACACCGUGGGCUUCCAAAACCUCUGCACCAUAGCCGAGCACGUAGGCCAGGAUGGAGUUGACCUGUUCCGAGGUCUCUUCAAGUACAACGCGAACUCCAUCCAACAGCUGAGCAUGUUCAAGCAGGCCAUCUCGGAGGUCGAACGGCAGCUGCAACGGCGUGUGGACUUGGAGGCGUCAGGCAAGAUGGGUGCCGCACCGCCCUUGGGACUCAGCUCGACGAUCGAGAGAAUAUCGGAGUCGAAGACUGCUGCGAUACAAGCACUGAGCCAGAAGCUCAAGGAGGAGGGACACAAAAUCAACGAUGCGCUGUGCGUUGGCGAACCUGGCUACGCUCCCCCACCAGAAGUCCUCGCAGCUCUUCGCACCGCACCUCGAGAAGGCCACACCAAGUACUCCGUCGUGCAGGGUGACCUGGAGCUCCGCAAGGCGAUCUGCGAGGACCUGCGAUGCCGGAAGGGCGUGGACUACACGCCCGAGCAGAUCGUCGUCUCCUGUGGCGGCAAGCAGAGCAUCUAUCAGGCGAUGCACGCGGUGCUGGGGGAUGGCGACGAGGUCCUGGUGCCGACGCCGUGUUGGGUGAGCUACCACGACAUCGCCCGGCUGUGCGGGGCGACACCGGUGCCUGUGGUCACGAGGGGUGAGGACGGAUACGUGCUACAACCAGGUGCCCUCGCCGAGGCGCUGCAUGCCUCAGGCAGCUUGUGCCGCAUGGUCGUCCUCUGCAACCCUUGCAACCCUACUGGCGCUGCGAUCCCGCCAGAGCAGCUAGAGGCGCUUGCCGAGGUGCUCGAGAGGCCAGAAUUCUCCCACGUUUGGGUGCUGGCGGACGAGAUUUAUGAGAGGAUCGUUUACGACACGGAGCACGUAUGCUUCGCCGCGCUGCGGGGCAUGAGGCGUCGGACGCUCCUCAUCAAUGGCUUCUCGAAGGGCUACGCCAUGACGGGCCUGCGGCUGGGCUACCUCGCGGCUGCGCAUGAGGGCGUCGCCGUGGCUGCCAACAAGCUGCAAGGCCAGAUCACUUCCUGCGCCUCAGUCGUUGUGCAGCGGGCAGCAUUGGCCGCGCUGCGUGCGGGGCCCGCAGUAGACGAGUGGGCGACGAAGAGACUGGAAGAGCUGCGGCAGAAGCGCGACUUCGUGAUGGGCCGCCUGUCCGCGAUGGAGGGGGUUUCGUGUGUCACACCGCAGGGGGCAUUCUAUGCUCUCCCAGAUGUGACGAGGCUGCUUGCCAGGCGAGGUUCCAGCGUAGACACCUCCGAGGACUUCUCGUGCCUGCUUCUCAGAGACUACAAGGUCGCGCUCGUUCCUGGGAGCGCCUUCCACGCCGAGGGGACGGUGCGAAUAUCGUACGCCUGCAAGAUGGAGGAUCUGGAGGCGGCGAUGGACGCGUUCGCGAAGUGUGUGAACGAGCUGAAGGCUGCUUGAGGGACGCCCGCCCCCCUGUCGCGUCGGCCGCAGUGGAGCUGGAGGCCGGCGCAGCCGCGCGGCCUGGAGGCCAGCGGACGCACGGCCGCGCGUGCCGCGCCAGCAGGAGCAGUCGAGCCGCGCGCGCCUGCCCUCUGCACGAGCGCCGCCGCGGACAAGGCGCCUCUGCUCGCCGUCGGCGCCUUUGGGCAA